AUGGAGGCGAAGCUUAUUAGUAUGGCUGAAGAACGCGAGCGACUCAUCUCUUCUAUUCAAGCAGACGAAGCAGAGAAGCUCACUCUAAAAGAAUCGAUAGAAUCUCAGCUGAAAAUAAACAAGGAGAUCCAACGUGAGGCGGAUGCUUUAAAUAAGAAGCUGAGAGCGAAGGAAGUGCUUAUUGUGAAAUUGGAAGCUAAACUUGCUGCAGCUAACGACACGGUCUGUUUUGUCUACUCUUUCUGUCAGGUGAGACCACGACGGACAGCCGCCCUUAAAAUAAAGUCAUAUGCGGAACCCCAAUUGAAGGGGAAGUUAUGGCGACCAUCGAAGAACAAUUAA